CGUCGAACGUGGAGGGCGUGGCCGCUCUGUGAAAUGUCAGGGAGGAAUGGCGCUCGGCGCGGUAUUUUGAACAAUCGCCUUUUCCUUUUUUUCGGUACACCUGGAAACGCUUCCCAGCGUUAAAAUCUCGGGUCUAACGGAGAGCUAAGACACAGCAAGCAUGGAUGUGGUGUCACCAGAGCUCAACAGUCUCCUUCCUGAUGAAAUCAUGGAUACGGAGGCGAUAGAGGAGGUCCCUCACUCCCAGUCAGAGCCCACGCAUGACACGCCUGUCCCCAUGGAAACAGACGCGCCUGUGACAUCGGAAAGUUUAAACAUCUGCUCCAACGCCGCUUCGGCGGAGCGCGUCCAGGCCGUGAUCACCCCUGCAUCUGCAGACUCCGCCCCCGGGAGUCAGUCUUCCGUCACGAUUUCCGCUUCGUCGACCUUGUUCACCAUCAAGCCCGCCUUGGCUACUUCCACGGCUGCAACCAAAACUACAGACAGCCUCACCGGGACGACGGUUUCCACGAGCGGCACACAGAAGCUCAUGACUCCGUUUGCCUUUUCUGCCGCCAACCACCAGAUUAUUCUGAAUAAGGUGGCCUCGGCUCAAGCCACGGAGGCGGCGAAAGCCGCCUCGACCCAAGUCAUCAAACAAGAAGGGCAGAAACUUUUGGUCACGACGAUAGGGAAGUCGGGGCAGCCAAUAGUGCUCCAGUUGCCCCACACGGGCAGCAAACCCGGGGUUUCACAGACUUCAGGGGACGCGAAGUCUCCAACGCCGCAGUUCAAAGUGGUGACUAUUGGUGGGAGAGAGCUGAAACCAGUGGUGGGGAGCGCUGGCAACCAGGUGACCACGUUACAAGCCCAGCAGCUGAAGACCGUGCAGAUCCCCAAGAAAACACCAGCAUCCUCAACUGCUCCAAUCAAGUUCAUCAUCACAAAGACGGUCAACAGCAAAGGCCUGAGCCCUCAGACAUCGGUGACUCCUGUUAUCGCGGGGCGCGUGGUGACACAAACGUCUCCGGCGAUGUCGCCGAAAACCAUCACGCUGUCCGAGCCCCACAACACUGCGAUCCAGAGCAUUCCUGGCAAAAAGAUCGCCAUCUCGCCACUGAAGACUCCCAGCAAGGUAACCGUGGUGUCAGUGGCUUCCCCGCCGUCCAACACCAGUCAGAAGUCAGUAGCUUUGCCUGUCAGUGUAGCACUUGGCCAGCAAAUUCUUGCAGUCCAGCAGUCGGCGCCUGCAUCUCCAGUCAAGGUGGCCACCAGCCAGACGACGGCGCAGAACAUUAAGCCUGUCCAGUCUGUCACCGUGGGAGGAGUGGGCGGCUCCCAGUUCAAGACCAUCAUCCCUCUGGCCACCCAGCCGAACGUGCAGCAGAUUCAGGUGCCGGGAAGCAGGUUUCACUACGUCCGCCUCGUCACGGCGACCACGGCCAGCGCGGCGGGGCAGCCCAGCGCUCCCAACACCAGCUCAGUGCCCACGGGUAAACCUUUAGUGGUGAACACCGGAGCGGUCAGGAUGUCGGUCCCAGUUGUCCAAGCACAAACAAUGAAACAAGUGGCGCCCAAGCCCUUGACGUCUACACCACAAGUGGUCACCACCACUCAGACUCAGCAGCGACUCAUCAUGCCCGCCACCCCUCUGCCCCAGAUCCAGCCCAACUUCACCAACCUGCCCCCAGGGACCGUCCUCACAUCUGCCCCCGGUGGCAGCAAUGUGGGUUACGCCGUUGUUCCAGCACAAUACGUCACACAGCUCCAGCAGUCACAGUUUGUGACGCUCGCCAGCAGCUCUAGUUUUCCCGCGUCCAGCAGCAUCCAAACUCAGGCCAAACUCCCUUAUAAUGGCGUGUCGGCAGCAGAGACGACCUCGAGACCCAGAAAACCAUGCAACUGCACCAAGUCCCAGUGCCUCAAGCUGUACUGUGACUGCUUUGCAAACGGGGAGUUUUGUAAUAACUGUAACUGCAACAACUGCUUCAACAACCUGGAGCACGAAACGGAACGACUCAAAGCCAUUAAGACCUGCUUGGACAGAAACCCAGAGGCCUUCAAACCUAAAAUUGGCAAAGGCAAAGAGGGCGAGUCGGACCGCCGGCACAGCAAAGGCUGCAACUGCAAGCGGUCGGGCUGCCUGAAGAACUACUGCGAGUGCUAUGAGGCAAAGAUCAUGUGCUCGUCCAUUUGCAAAUGCAUCGGUUGCAAAAACUUUGAGGAGAGCCCGGAGAGGAAGACGCUCAUGCAUCUGGCGGACGCGGCAGAAGUGAGGGUCCAGCAGCAGACGGCAGCCAAGACCAAACUGUCCUCACAGAUCUCAGACCUGCUGAUGAGGACGACUCCUAUUAUAUCAAGUGGAGGCGGGAGGCUGCCAUACACGUUCGUGACGAAAGAAGUGCUGGAAGCGACGUGCGAGUGUUUACUAGAGCAGGCCAAACGGGCCGAACAGACUCGUCAGCCUCAGGCUGAGGCGGAGAGGGUGAUCCUGGAGGAGUUCGGACACUGCCUCAUGAGCAUAAUCAGCUCCGCCGGGAAAGCUAAAACAGACUGCGCCUCCAUCAACUGCUAGGCCGAACUCUUCUGGCUCGCUGUCUGCAAACUCUUGGGCAAGGAAAGAGCCGGGCCCUCUGGCUGCUCUCCGGAAACGCUGCAAGCGGAGAGGUCCUCCAGACUGCUGGAGUUAAGCUGCAUUAAUAGACUUGAGCUGGAAAACAAAAGGACAGAGCACACUGCCUCCGAAACAUGAACUUCAGCCCGAUUUAUUGCCCUCUAAGGGCUCUCCGGAUCUCUCCUCGCCUCUGUUUCUAUUUUGUACACUCUAUUCUUUUGCCAUCCUGACGUUUUCCAAGAACCCCUGUAUUUUAAUGUCAACAGUUUAUCUGUGUUUAUUAGUGGACAAACUAUCUUUUUGAUAUUUAUUUUAACAAAUCUUUGUAAUCAAGUGUGAGUGUUAAUAUGCAAGGUUUAGAGCUCUGCAGUCUGUCGAUUAUUAACCGAGACUAGGCUAAGCUAUUCCAGCGGCAGUAAUUUUCUACAGGUGUACAGAGAGAGAGAUCCCUCCUCAUAGCAACUGAACACACUUAGGCUGAUAGAGUUCCACAUUUUCCCCGAGGUGCUCUUUUAUGCUUUAUUAAACGCAUACUGUACAUUAACUCACAGCUGACUUGAGAAAACAUUAGAUCCACAUGACUGAUGUUCCUGCGUGCCAUAACGACAAAUUACCGGGAUUUACACCAGCUGUUUUCGUCCGACUUAAAAUUUUGUUUUAACGCUCCCGCGGUCGUAAAAGAGCAAAUUGACACCCUGCGCGUGGGGUUUCGGGAACUGACGGUUUCCUUACAUCAAAUCGGAGACACGGCUAUGGCGUCAACUACCGACGACAUACCGCUGGUUUUGCUCGCGCGCUAACGCUAACUUUAAAAAGCGCGACGACCGCGGGAGGGGUUAAACGUAACAGGUUCUCACUGCUCAGAUACCCAGAAUUUAAAUAGACCUUUGCAAAAUGAUACCCAAAAUAAAAAUAAACUCGCUUGGUUAAAGUCGUAUUGGACGUGCACAUCCAAGAUAACUUUUGUUCUGGUUUUGGAAGUAGCUUCACAGGUUUACUUGCUGCAUUUGUUAAAGAAAAAAAUAAACCCAUGCCACCUUCUGUUGCCCUCCCCGCAAACAAUCUAUUUUAGGGACGCACCAAUAUGAAAACUUUGGCCAAUAUUUACCGUUGCCAUGGCUUCUCUACUUCAGCUAUGCGGCCCUCAGUUCUGCCCUGUAUCAUAAUUUUUAUUUCAAGUAAAAAAAUAGUGAAAUACAAAAAGACAGGAGUAGGUAGAAGUAAAAUAAAAACUAAUUCCCAUUACUCUUCUUUUACAGUAUAUGUCAUGAUAAUUUCUAAGUAUUAUUUCCAUAUUUGAUACAGUUCAGGUUAUUAUAUCAACUAAUAACACUUUAUAACUCAGUCCCAGAGAAAAGGUUAUUGAUUUCUUCAAUUUCUAUCAUCAGUACAACCCCCUCCUCAAUUAGUAGUUCUCAAUUUUUUUGUAUUGCUUUGCUAAAUUGCUUGUUUGUGCUUUGCUUCAACUCCUCUCUGAUGCCAUUCCAAAUACACUCCACAAAACGAUACACAUAAUUCUCCUUGUAGUACGGACAGUGUUAUUUUUUUUGAUAAUUAAGUUGACCUCUUAAAUUGUACCUCCUCUUCUCCGCACUAAACAUUUGUUGAAUGUUUCCAGGAAGUAAACAGAUUUUUGUUUUAAA